AUGCUACCGGCCCAAGAGGCUGCUAAGAUCUAUCACACCAAUUAUGUGAGGAAUUCCAGAGCAAUAGGUGUUCUCUGGGCUAUUUUCACUAUUUGUUUUGCUAUUAUAACUGUGGUCAUUUUUAUCCAGCCUUAUUGGAUUGGGGACAGCAUCAAUACGCCCCAGGCUGGCUAUUUCGGAUUGUUUCAUUAUUGUAUCGGGAACGGACUGACCAGGGAGUUGAUCUGCAAAGGAAGUGCCCUGGAUUUCGGCUCCAUCCCCUCGGGAGCCUUCAAAACUGCCAUGUUCUUCGUUGGCAUCUCCAUGCUUCUGAUCAUUGGCUGCCUUGUUUGCUUCAGUCUCUUUUUCUUUUGCAACUCCGCUACGGUCUAUAAAGUAUGCGCCUGGAUGCAACUUGCGUCAGCUACUGGCCUCAUAAUGGGAUGCAUGAUUUACCCCGAUGGCUGGGAUUCAGAUGCAGUCAAACAAAUGUGUGGGGACAAAACGGACAAGUACACUUUGGGAGCAUGUUCUGUUCGUUGGGCCUACAUCUUGGCCAUAAUUGGGAUCCUGGAUGCUCUCAUUCUGUCCUUCUUGGCCUUUGUGCUUGGCAACAGGCAAGACAACCUUCUUCCUGAGGAUUUCAAGGUAGAAAAUAAAGAUUUACUGCUUAGUGGUGAUAAUUUCAAAACUAAUGAAAAUUAUGAAAAAUCAGUAUCAGAGGCAAAAAGAAAUGAAAACAGAUUGAAGAGACAGAUCGGUCCUAGACCAUUUUGUACACCUGUUGGGUAA